AUGCAAGACAACCCAGAACAAGUAUCAUCUCUCCAGGAGCAAGUUCAGGCCCUGAACAACCAGCUGGAGGAGAGCAAACGCUGGAAUGUCUCCCUGCAGUCCAGACUGGAACAGCAGCAACAGAGAGGAGGGGGUGUGGGCAGGGCCAGGGAAACUGUAGAAAUACAGGGAACUGAGAAUGUUGUCUCCACCUCCAAUGACAGCAGUGACCAGUCCAGCAGUGUGUCUGACAGUGACAACAUCAGUGACAGGGAACUGUCAGUUAAACAGUUGAGGGAGGAGCUAGCAAAGAUGAGGUUAAAAGUCAAAGAAAAGAGGCGCCACAACAAGCAGUUGAAGUACCAGUUACAGCAAGGCAUGGUGGAACACAGAGAUAUCCCAGGUGAGAAUGUGACUGACCUGGAUCCAGUGGAGAGUACAGGUCUGUCCUCCCUACCACCAGGCCAGCAGUUAGAGCAGCUGAGAGCUAAGCUAAAACAACAGGGCAAGGAGAACCUGGUGCUAAGGAGGUGCUUGGACCUGGACACUGAGUUACCUGUGCCUAACAUCCCAGACCUGCCCAAAGUUAAACACAUGAGGAAUGAAAUGGAAAAGAUGAAAGAACUGCUGCGACAGGCAGAGCAUCAGAAUGACCUGUUGAAGAAACAAAUAGAACUGGAUACCUCCACAGAUGACAUACCAUCUGGGUUCAACCCAGAGCUCAUCAUUCAGAUGUCCCAUGAGAUUGAGAGGCUCAAAGGGGAGCUGACAGUAACCAGGGAGAAGCUGGAAGCAGCAGUGGAGGGUAAACCCAGUGGAAAACCCCCGUCGGGACCCCGCAAGAGCCAGAUUCCCACCUUGAAGACUCCCCCUGCUGGGCAGAGCACAGGAGCUAACGCUGCCUUGAGGCAGAAAGUGGAGAGCUUACGAGGCCAGCUCCACGAGAGCAAGGUGCUCCUGAGGACGCUGCAGGAUAAGUUAGCAGCCACAGAAGCCACUGUCAGGAGCCAGACGGAUAAAAUGCGCUACUACCGCGGUCUCCUGGAAGACGCCGGAUUAAUGCCUCGUACUCCGCAGCGCAGUCGCAGCGACUCCAACCUGUUCUCAGGGCGCGUGCAGACGCCAACUAAACUCCGUCCAAUGUCUGCAUCUACUGACAACCUCUCCAUGGGUACGUCUGCUGGACGCGACAUGCCGCCACUAUCUCCAAGCCUUUCCCGUGGGAUGAGCCUUACAUCAUUGGAAGAAUUUGGACAGACUGAUAACACAGAUGAAUUAAAGGACCAGAUAAAGCAGCAGCGUAAACAGUUAGAGAGAUACCAGAGAAUCAUCCGCUCCCUUCAGACCAGAAUUCGCCUGGGGAGCGACACGGCUGAGAAGGUGUACCUGGGAUCCCCACUGCCAGGUAGUCGUAGGGGGUCCUCAGACGGUAUUUCAGGGGGUCCCCCAGGUCUGACACCCAAAACCCCUGGCCUUGAUCUGGUGUCUCAAGGGAAUCAGGCAGCUUUCCAAAGACUACAAGAACAGGUGGAAGAAUUAAAAGAUAAAUUGAGGCAUUCAGAAGAUUUAAAUGCUACUCUCAGGGAGCAGCUGAGUUCAUCUCCGUCACCUGAAGACAUCAAGAAUACUGUACAGAAGCAGCAGCUUGAGAUUAUAUCUCUGAAGAAGCAGCUCAGUGAGAGCUAUAACAUGUGUGAAAACUUACGCAAGCGCCUGGAGGAAGUGAACGGGUUCUUGCAAGAGCUCUUACACCAGGAUGCUGAUGGAGAAGUUGAUGUUAUUGAUGUGACCCCCACAAGAGUCACUGAUCUGAAACGUAAACUGUGCGAGUCCAUCAACAUGGCUACUCUCCUGUCUACCACUUUAGAAGCACCUUUUGAAGAAGAAGAAGAUGAAGAAGAAGUCAAUACAACAGUGCCAUCUACAUAUGCUGGCACUGUGCCAAGAAGUGCAACUGCGGGGUCUUCCAAUGUGGGCACAGGGGGCACCCAGACAGCUGGGUUGUCUGCUGUUAGAGGAAACAGCACACAGACGGACAGGAUGACCAUGGGCAGUAAAUCUACGCAGGCUGGACAGCAGUGGACCAAGAUGGACGGUGGUGACAGCAGACAGCUUAUUGAGAGUCUAGAACAAGAGAAUAACAAGUUAAAGGAACAAGUUCAG